UAAUGGUUAUAGCUUGGGUUUCUGGCGCGUGUCACGCUUUUCAGCCCGAUGGGUGAUGACUGAUGACUGAUGACUGAUGGCAUAUGGUGGUGGUGGUGGGUUGUGGGUAUAACUGGAACCCGUCCGCAGUCGCAAUCGCGUGAGUUUCAUCAUCACUCACGUCGAAGCUACCACUUGCAACCACUCGCCAUCCAACAACAUCAUCGUUGUCAUCUACAACACCAAGAACCAUCAUCGAAACAACCCCCCAGAAACCAGCCAUCAUGCCUACCUACAUCGUCUCGUGCAAUGACGACGCCACGCCCGAGCAGGUCCAGUCUGCCAAGCAGCAUGCCAUCGACCAGGGCGGCAAGAUCGAGCACGAGUACACCCUGAUCAAGGGCUUCUCGGUCUCGUACCCCGAGGGUAGCGUCAACACGCUGGAGUCUCACGAGCACGUCAAGCUCGUCGAAGCCGAUCAGCCUGUCACCACCCAGUAGAGGAUGGCAGCACUGGGAAGAGCUGGGACCGCAUCAAGCUGGCCGGUCGAGGGACUGAGGUUGUGCAUAGAUUUCAAAGAGCCUAGUUACCUGCUACCCCCGUCGUCAUAUCUAUAGAGGAUAUCGGAUCUGAUUACACGUGCCACCGAAAGCCGUCUUGUAUCUUGCGUGUUCCUCGGCACCUCUGCGCCCAUCCCGCGACUGAUAGGAACCGGCCCGGUGACGUAGAGCCUACGAUAGCCUACAGUCGGC